CAUGCACUCAUCAAAUACUUCACUUGGCAUCUUAUGUCCUUCUCUUACUUUCUAUUUCUCUCUCUCUCUCUAUAACAUUGGUUGCAAUAGUAUAAUCUAAUCAACCAACCAAAUUGAUCCUUUGGGAAAAUUAUUUUGAAAUGAAAAUGAAAAGUUCUAUUGGUUUUCUCCUCCUAUAUGUAACCACUUUAUUAGUGAUUGCAUCCGCAGGUAACUUUUACCAAGACAUGGAAAUAACAUGGGGUGAUAAUCGUGCUAAGAUCCUUGAAAAUGGACAAUUUCUUAGCCUCUCUUUAGACAAAGCCUCUGGCUCUGGAUUUCGUUCAAAAAAUGAAUACUUGUUUGGAAAAAUUGAUAUGCAACUCAAACUUGUGCCUGGUAACUCUGCUGGCACCGUUACAACCUAUUAUCUAUCUUCUCAAGGGUCUACACAUGACGAAAUAGACUUUGAAUUUCUUGGUAACUUAAGUGGUGAUCCAUAUAUUCUUCAUACAAAUGUAUUCACACAAGGGAAAGGGAAUAGAGAACAACAAUUUUAUUUGUGGUUCGACCCCACCAAGGAUUUCCACACAUAUUCCAUUCUUUGGAAUCCUCAAAGCAUCAUAUUCUCUGUGGAUGGAACACCAAUAAGGGAGUUCAAGAAUUUAGAAUCAAAAGGGGUUGGUUAUCCAAAGAACCAAGCAAUGAGGAUAUACUCUAGUCUUUGGAAUGCUGAUGAUUGGGCCACAAGAGGUGGGCUUGUGAAAACGGAUUGGGCCCAAGCCCCAUUCACUGCCUCAUAUAGAAACUUCAACGCACAAGCUUGUGUUUGGACUUCUUCAGGCUCUUCUUGUUCUUCCAACAAAUCACCAACAUCAUCAUCAGCCCAAUCAUGGUUGAGAGAGUCACUUGACUCAAAUGGGAUAGCCAAAAUUCAUUGGGUCCAAAAGAAUUACAUGAUUUACAAUUAUUGCACUGAUACUAAACGUUUCCCACAAGGUUUCCCUUCUGAAUGUCUUGCUUGAAAUAUGUUUGGAUUCACGAUAGAAUUACGGUGUGCUAUCAUGAUUUUGGUCAAAAUUACACUUUGAAGUUUCAACAAAAUUAUGGUGUUAUCGUAAUUUCAUCAAACUCAUUGCAAAUCUAAAUAGGAGCUAUAUGUCAUAUUAUAAAAGUUUAGAUAUUGGACGUGUGAUGUAUCCAUGAAAUUUAUUAUUUUUCUUGUGUAAAUUUAUAAUUCAAACUAUAGGAUAGAUUGUUUAUGUUUUGUGCAUUAUUACAUUGUUUGUGUGAAAAGAGGCAUGUAUGAUAUUGAUAGCAACAAAUAAAUGGUGAAAGUGUAUAUUAUUUUGUUCCAAUAUAAAUUUGUUUGAGCUUAAA